AUGUCUGCACCACGCGAUUCGGAAUCCAUCAAUACUACCCAGGGUGGAUUUCACCCGUCAGCUCCCCGUUCUCCCCCCUUGGAGAAGCAUGGUCAUAAACCGGGAACAAAAGCGUCCCCAACAGACUACGUUCCUGAAUUCCAUGCACAAACGCUGCCCGCUGGUAGCGCACCUUCGGGUCGAACAUUUGCUCCUCACCCUUCCGGGCAGGCACCGGAAGAAGGCACCCCAGCCAUCGACGCACUUGGGGGUGCAGACUCGCGGGAGUUGAAUAGGGGCCUUGGUCAACCGGUCUGGGGAGAAACUUCCUCACAACUGCAUCACGAUGGCCAGCCACGUCGGAAACACCACGGGUCCGGGUUGGAAGGAGUAGGUGCAUCGAACAGGGAGUACAUGGAGGAAGAAAAGGAUAUGCAGUAA